AUGGAAUUGAGCGAUCUCGUACUUGACUUUUACGAGAUGACCAGUGCAGGCCGAGUUGACAUGAGUGAUUUCGAAUUACUUAAAGUACUUGGCACGGGAGCUUACGGUAAAGUUUUUCUCGUGCGUAAAAUAACCGGUGCCGAUAUAGGAAAACUAUAUGCAAUGAAAGUUUUAAAAAAAGCAGCUAUUUUACAAAAAGCUAAAACAGCUGAGCAUAUUAAAACUGAACGACAAGUUUUAGAAGCAAUUCGUCAGAUUCCAUUUUUAGUAUCACUUCAUUAUGCUUUUCAAAGUGAUUCUAAACUUCAUCUUGUUAUGGAUUAUGUCAGUGGUGGAGAAUUAUUUACACAUCUUAACAAACGACAACGUUUUAGUGAACAAGAUGCGAAAAUAUAUAUCGCCGAAUUAACACUUGCUCUUGGUCAAUUGCAUAAACUUGGAAUUAUUUAUCGGGAUAUUAAACUUGAGAAUAUCUUACUUGAUAAUGAAGGUCAUAUUGUUCUAGCAGAUUUUGGUUUAAGUAAAGAAUUUCGACCGGAUGAUGCGGAUAAACGAACAUAUUCAUUUUGUGGUACAAUUGAAUAUAUGGCACCGGAAGUUGUUAAAGGUGGAGAUGCUGGACAUGAUUUUACUGUUGAUUGGUGGAGUCUUGGUGUUCUUACAUUUGAACUUUUAACCGGUGCAUCACCGUUUACUGUCGAUGGCGAUCGAAAUACUCAACCAGAAAUAUCAAAACGAAUAGUAAAAAAUCAUCCAUUAAUACCAAGUCAUAUAUCGAAAAUAGCCAAAGAUUUUAUUCUUAAACUUUUAAUAAAAAAUCCAAAACGUCGUUUAGGUUCGAAAGGAUUAGAAGAUAUUAAACGUCAUCCAUUUUUUGGAUCUGAUAUGGAUUGGGAUGCUAUAGCACAAAAACGUGUUCAAGCGCCAGUUAAACCAAAACUUAAAAAUGAAAUGGAUACAAGUAAUUUUGCAGAGGAAUUUACUCGUUUACCAAUAACAGAUUCACCUGGAUUAGCUCCACCAACUGAAAGUCUCUUUCGAGGUUAUUCAUUUAUUUCGCCUACUGUUAUCUUUGGCCCAGAGAAUGCAGUAAAUGAAGAUUUAUAUAAUCUACUUCGUCUUACAAAUUAUCAACGACCUGAUCCAUCACAAUUGCAUCGAUUGAUUAAAACAAGUUCGUUUUUUCGAAAUUAUGAACUUAUCGAUCGUGAAGGUUUUCUUGGUGAAGGCAGUUAUUCAAUCUGUCGACGUUGUCGAAAUCGUCGAACACAAGAAGAAUUUGCUGUAAAAAUAGUUUCACAUAGACAAAAAGUUGAUGCACAAAAUGAAAUUGAACUUUUACAUCUAUGUCAAGGUCAUGCUAAUAUUGUUAAAUUACAUGAAGUUUAUUCUGAUGAGUUGCAUACAUAUAUUAUAAUGGAAUUAUUAACGGGUGGUGAACUUUUCUAUCGAAUUCGUACACAAACAUCAUUUUCUGAAAAAGAAGCAAGUCAAUUAAUGAAAAAACUUGUAUCAGCUGUCAAUUUUAUGCAUAGUAAUGAUUUAUGUCAUCGAGAUCUUAAACCAGAAAAUCUACUGUUCUCAUCAUCUGCUCCCGAUGCUGAAAUAAAAAUAAUUGACUUUGGUUUUGCUAAAAAACGUAUUAAACAUCAAACAAUGACAACACCAUGUGGUACACUCUUAUAUACAGCACCAGAAGUAUUACGUACUGCAACAUCAUUUAAUUGUUCUCAAUUAUCUUCUCUUUCUACAUCAUCCUCAUCCUCAUCAUCAUCAAGUACAACUGUAGCUUUUGUACCUUCCAUAACAAUAAAUACAAGUGCAAUUACAUAUGGUUAUGAUGAGUCAUGUGAUUUAUGGUCUCUGGGUGUUAUUUUAUAUACAAUGUUAAGUGGUGAAGUUCCAUUUAAUUCAAUAACAUCUCAUCGAACAGCUGAAGAUAUUGUUGAAGAUAUAGCACGUUCUCAAUUAUCAUAUGAUACACCAGCAUGGAAAAAUGUUUCACAAGCAGCUAAAGAUCUUGUUAAAGGUUUAUUGACAGUCGAACCAUCAAAACGUUUAACAAUUAAAGAUUUGUCGAGGAAUGCUUGGCUUCGAGGUUCAAGUAUUCCAAUAACACAGGAUCAUUUAAUGACACCCAGUAUACUUUGUCAAGCAUCUCGAUCUCUCAUUGUUCGUGCUGUUAAUGUAACAAUGCGUGCAUUUCAAAAAGCUGGUCAAUUUCAAUUAUCUUCUGUUACUGAUGGACUUCUAGCACAACGUCGUCAUGCAAAAAAAUCGACCGAUUCAUGUUCAUCAACAUCAAGUUCGACAACGACAUCGACUACAGCCGUUGUACCUACUAAUAACAUUUCUUCAUCUACAUUACCACAUACUCGCCGUUUAUGUGGUAAUGGUGUUUGUCGUUGUCGUCAUGCUCCAUGUCCACCAACGAAUGAUAUAUUAUCUUUGCCUUCAUUUGAUUUUAGUGAAGAAAGACUUUCACAAUUAAUCGAUCAAUAUCCAUUGACGACAACAACAGUACCACCAAAGAGAUAUGGAAUGACAUUACGAUCACGAACAACAGCUGCUACUAAUGGUAAUCAUCAUGAAUUUGCAUCUCCUGCUCCACCUCCACCUUUAUUACUUGUACCUUCUUUAUCAUUUUCUUCUUCUUCAUCGUCGUUGUCAUCGGCUUCAUCGUUGUCUUCCAUUGCUACAGAUAUUCUUCCUUCCACUAAUACUAAUAGUGAGAAACGUCCAUUAACAUCACCAAUUCAUCAUCCAUUAGCGUCAGCCAAUAAGAAAGUCAAACGAUCGGGUACCAUAACUAUUAAUGAUUAG